AUGAACCUCCGCGACCGCCUAGCUUUCUGCAAUAGCGCUACUUUCUUCUCAGUCGUGCGGCCCCUGCGCAGCUGCAGCCAUCCCCCGUCAAUUCCUAAAAGCCCAUGCUGGGGAGGGUCAAGGCUACCGACGCGGUCAGCAUCCACCAUACACAGCGGUCAGCGUCGCGAGCGACUCGAUAUGGUCUUCACUGGCAUCGUAGAGGAGAUGGGCACAGUCCAGCAGAUGGAAAACCUGGACUCUGCAGAAGGUGGUGUGAACAUCGUCAUAUCGGCGUCUGUGACGAUCGGCGGUGUUUCUCUCGGCGACAGUAUCGCUAUCAACGGAACAUGUCUCACAGUGACAUCGAUAGCAGAAGGGACGUUCACGUUUGGCCUAGCGCCUGAAACGCUUCGUCGCACCAAUUUAGGCGCAUUACGUACAGGGAGCCAGGUGAAUCUGGAGCGUAGCCUGGCGGCGGACGGACGCUUCGGAGGGCAUGUCGUGCAGGGACACGUCGAUUGUACAGGGACGAUUCGCAAGAUCGAACCGGAGAAGGAUGCUAUGUGGUAUACAAUUGAGAUACCAAGCGAGUAUCUCAAGUAUGUGGUAGAGAAAGGGUACAUCACUGUCGACGGAGCCAGUUUGACCGUGUGUGACGUUAUGGAUGCACAGAAUGUUUUCACGUUUAUGAUGAUCCCGUACACGGCAGCCUCCGUUUGUGCGGCGCUGAAGAAAGUCGGCGACCAGGUCAACAUCGAAGUCGAUAUCACCGGCAAGUAUAUCGAGCGGAUAAUCGCCGCUCGCUACCGUGAGGGAGUCAACGCGCAAGUAUGA